AUGCCUCCUCACAUAUCAACAAUCUCGCAACCAUUCAAUCCAUCCACAUCCCAUGAACUACCUUUCGUUCAACAAAUAGCUGUCAUACUUCUAUCGUUCGUGCUAGCCGCUGGAUUCCUGUUGGUCAUUCUGAGCUGCGCAUUGUGGGCUAACUGGUUACCAUUAUUAGUUGCCCUCACGUUCGUCCUCGCUCCACUACCCAAUUCAAUCUGCGCUCGAUGUUCCAGAGCGGACGAUCUGAGUCCGGAAUAUAAUUCGGCUUAUGUUGAUUUUGGGAGGUUCUUGACUGGUAUGCUCGUUACAACCGGUCUAUCCCUCCCUGUUCUCCUUGCCCACUCGAAACUCAUCCAGCCAGCUGCUUGUUGGAUGUCCAUAGCGGGCGGUGGGUUGGUAUAUGGUACGAUCCUAGUUUAUUCAGGUUGGUUUGGUGGUAGUUCAGACGAUGAGGGUUGGUAA